CAGUACUCUCUUACCAAAUCUAAUGCUACGGUUCUUGGCAGGUUGGAGUCAAAUACCCACUCGCAACCUUCCACUUCUAGGCGAUACUGACCCUGAAAAUGGCUUGUAAACCAUUGUUUGAACGGCUGAACUUUGUAAUUAUUGGAUGCGACCGUGCCGGGAAAAGUGAAGUAUGUAAUGCCAUACUUGGGAAAAAGAAAUUUAGUUUUUUGUACUUACUGAAAAAAAGACAUGAGACGGCUACAAGGGAGGCACGUGGGAGGACAAUAACAGUUACCCGUGCAGCGGGCUGGAAUGAGGACAACCUUGGCAAAAAAGAUGUAGAAAGAGAGAUGAUGUACUGUGUAAAUAGGUCACGCAAAGCUGGACUUCAUGCUGUUGUCUUUGUUGUGAAUGCUAAUAGACCCUACUCAGAUGCAACAACCAAAACCUUAGAAGAGCUUCUCCCAAAGAAGGUGUGGGAUCAUACCAUCGUUGUUCUUCGUAAUGCAGAAGCUCAUGGUGAGAAGCUUGGCGAUUCUCUCCAGAGCCUUGUUCAGAAAUGUGGAAACCGAUGUUGUGUCCUCAACAGAAAAUCCAAAUGUGACAUCACUGACAGGCUUGAGGCAAUGAUAGCGGAGAAAAAACAGAUUUACUUUGGAGGAAAAGGUGAUGAGGAAGACAAAGAAAAAAACAGUCUGAUUGCAAAUCUCAGACACAACAUUAAAUAUCUUCAAGAGCAAAAAAAUAAAGAAGAAGAAAGGCAACUUGAGGAAACGACACGGGAAGCCAAAAAGGAGCUUCAGAAGAGUACAGCACUGAAAGAUAUUGAAAUACAAAACCUUCAAGAGAUCUGCCGAAAACAGGAGGACGAACUGAAAUCAUUGCAGCAAGAAAAAUGCUCAGAUGCUCCGUCACAAGGAGCGGCGGUAAAAACACCCUGUCUGGAAAUCGCAUGGCCCAUCAAAUUACUGGAGAUUUUGGAUAACCUAGAUGAAAAAGAAUUCAAGAGACUGAAGUUUUUUCUACACCAAAAAAAAAGAAUACCCAAAUUACUUGACAGAGAUGAUCUUGCUGAUAAAAUGAUACAGGUUCAGUUCAUAGGCUAUACCUGCUCGGACUCCAACCAAAAAGACUUGAAAUACUUUAGACUUUAA